AUGACUGGCAGUUUCACUUCGGCAAUGUGGCAACGCUUUUGCCCGGUGGGCGGUAUCACGACGGAGCUGCUGGGCAUCAAUGCAACAUCAGUUCCACCCCGCCUCCAGGUCGUAGUCUUCCCCGGCAACCCCGGCAGCGCAGCCUACUUCAAGCCCUUCAUGCUGGCGGUACACCGACUGCUACGUGGCCGUGCAGAUGUGCUGGCAGUCACCCACGCCGGCCAUGACCCAGAUACGGACCACGGUGGGCGGUUGUGGGAUUUGUCUGAGCAGGUCGCGCACAAGGUGUCGUACCUCCGUGAGCAUGUGUUGGUGCCGGGAAGGGCCCCCGUACUGCUGGUGGGCCACUCCAUCGGGGCGACCAUGAUGUUUCGGGCGGUGUCCCAGAUCGAGGGCUUGGACCCCCCACCACACGACCCGCAGCACCAACACCUUUCGGUGAAGCAACAGCAGCAGCGGCCGCCCAUACUCAAGUUGGUGGCGGUGUUCCCCUUCUUCGAAACCAACUUCCCGGGCAACUGGCGGCAGCGGCGGCUCCGGUCCUUGGCGCCCUGGUACGACUACCUGGGCUGGCUGGGAGCGGCGGUCACCUCACUGCCCGGGCCGCUGAGGACGGCGUUUGUGCGGCUCAAUGCAGCCAUGGACCCUGACCCCGUGGAACUGACGUGUCGGCUGCUGUCGCGACACACCGUACGGAAUGCCUUCUUCCUUGCCAUGCAUGAGUUCAAGGAGCUCUCCCGGCCCUGGGACUGGUCCCUCCUCUCCGCCCUAGGUCCCCGUGUGCACGUGAUGGGCUGUACGGCGGACACCUGGCUCUCCCGGGGGCAGUACGAGGACCUGCUGGCCCGGGUGCCGGGGGUGCAGGCUACCUGGCAUCCAGACCUGCGACACGCCUUCUGCGUCUCCAAGCGCCAGAGCCUAGCUGUGGCAGAAAUCAUCUCGGCUGUGGCGCGAUCCAUACCGGAUCUGAAUCUGAAUCUGGAUCUGGAUUUGGAUCAGGCCGCAAGCACCGCCACUGGAACCUGUGUCGGAAUGAUGUCGGGCGACCCAGCUACAGCCGCCCUGCCGCCGGCCACGCCGGCGCCUGGAUGCUGCGACGUCGACACCAUCAGGGCCGACAUCGGCGGCGCCGCCGAUCAGGCUGCCGUUGAUGACACCACCGGCGGCAUCGCCACCACUGCAUUGUACGGCAAGAUUGCAUCGGAUGCGGCGGGAGGGUUUAGGGAGGGCGCGGCUGCGGGGUUUGAAUGGGGUGUCAUGCGGGGCGCCGUGAAGACACUGGCUGCGCUGGACAGCCAGGCCGUCGGCAACAGGGGCCUGCGUGACCAGAUUCAGGCGCUAAAGGCUGCCGCUGAUGUGGAUCCCCGGGCGGCCAUGCUCGCCACCUUCAGACACAUCCUGUCAUCGCCACCUACGCCGCCAUCACACGAGCAACAAGACGUGCCACAGCAGCUGCCGGCAAUCUCCCCGGAACCCGCCCCCUCUUCAAGGGGACCCCCACCCCGACGAGGAACUGGCCACUGCAGUAGUCAUACGCUCGCAGGGAACUCCGACGGCCUGGCGCGAGAACCCUUGUCCGCGUCCGCUAAAGAUGACCCAGGGGUCGCUCCCAGCAACAGCAGCAAUAGCAGGGGAAUUCGAGGAGCAUCAACAGAUCUUGAAGUUGAGCAGCUCAAUGGCGUGCGCGCUGCCGUGGCGGGGAUGUCAUUGUCAUCAUCAAGCUCAGCAGCAGUAGCACCUCUUUCGGGGCAAAGAGGGACAAUAGCAGCAGCAGCAGCAGCAGCUGGGCGGGAAGCAGCAACAGCAGAAGUGAGCACAGGCGGGAGGUUGAAAGCUGAAUAUGAGGCAGGCGAAGCUUUUGGUUGCUCCAGGGAUGCUGCCACUCUUGGUAUUUCCGCUACUCCCGAUGCUCCUCCUAGUCCAGGUAGAGCCGGCACUGAUGGCGCUGUAAAGAACGCCCCUGACACUGCCGCCACUGCCUCAUUGUCAGCCAUUCCCGCAGCGCCAGGGCCUCGUGGAGCGGGGAGACCGGCGGUUCCCAUCGCUCUGCCGCCUGACGCCGCAGCCCUGCACCUGCCCGACAUGGUAGCCCUGAUGGGGGAGCUCCGGGGCCGUCUGGCGGACCUAGGGUUCCGGGUGGAGAGUGCGGCUCCUUCUCCUCCUCCUCCUCCGCCGCCGCCGCCUCGUUCUCCUCCGCCUGGUACCCCACAAGGCGCGGCGAGACCGUCACCGUCAUGA